AGGAAAAUAAGGCGAAGUCUUCUGCAAAUUGGAGAAAAAUAAAUUUUCUUUCUUCUCUCGGAUCGCACGUAAAAGCACUACUACAUUGCGUAUGCAUCGUAUACGGACAUUGCUGCAUCGAGUGUAGAAUUUUAUUACAACUACAACGAAGAAUUUGCUCCAAAAUUGAUUACGCUGGUAGCAGUGGACUUGGGGAUAGUCCCCCAAAGAAAAAGAGAAAACACCAAAGUUCAUCGUCUUCUACGUCGUCGUCGUCUGCAUCUUCGAGCAAAUCAUCGCCAGCAAAUCAAUCGCACGAGCAGGAAAAACACACGGACGAGCAAAAACAGGAGCUUGCUACGAAAAAAGUGCAAAAAGAGUGCCAAGAAAUGCUUGGUGAAGGUCAGUCGUCCACAGCGAACAACAAUUUUUCGACAAAUGGCACCUCGAGCGCAUCAGAUCUCAACAAUGGGUUUCUCCCGGCCGCAGGCAACUCGCACAAUAACGCCAACAAUGGCGAUGCCAAUGGCGUAAGCAACGGAUCAGCUGUUGACAAGCCAAAGCCCGUACUGGAUCGCGUCAAUCAGGACAUUGUGCGUCUCAUCGGGCAACAUCUCAAGUUGAUCGGGUUAGAAAAGAGCGCCGAAACGCUCAUGCAAGAGUCGGGUUGCUGCUUGGAACAUCCAGCUGCUGCAAAAUUCCGUGAAUACGUGUUGUGUGGCGACUGGAGCAAGGCAGAUCACUGUUUGGAAGCCCUUUCGACGCUCAUCGAUGAAAAAGUGCACGACAAGCAAUGCAUUGUCGAGAUGAAAUUUUUGUUGUUGGAACAGAAAUACUUGGAAUUCCUCGAGGAAGGACGUCCCAUUGAUGCUUUGCACGUUUUGCGUAACGAAUUGACGCCGUUGCAGCAUAACACGCCACGCGUUCAUCAACUUAGCAGCUACAUGAUGUGCACAAAUAACUCGGAGCUGUAUCAACGUACCGGAUGGGAGGGUUGCGGUGUGAAAUCUCGCUCACGUCUCAUGGAUCGCUUGCAAUCGUUCUUGCCAGCGAGUGUCAUGUUGCCGCCGCGACGCCUCAAAACGUUGCUCGUGCAAGCGGUGGACCUGCAAACGGAACGUUGCGCAUGUCACGACAUGGCCUGGAAAACGGACAUCAAUAAUGUGUCGUUGUUGCAGGAUCACAACUGCUCCGCGGACCAAUUCCCCAUGCAGCCGCUGCAAGUGCUUAAUGAUCACUCCGACGAGGUUUGGUUCUGCAAAUUUUCGCCCGACGGCCUGAAACUGGCAACUGGCUCAAAAGAUACGACAGUUAUCAUAUGGGAAGUGGAUCCGGUGAAGCUCACGGUGCGUCAUAAACGCACUUUUGAUGGGCAUCUCUUCUACGUGUCUUUCCUCACGUGGUCUCCCGACAGCAAAUACUUGAUUGUUGCGGGUCCCGAAGACUGUGGCGAGUUGUGGAUAUGGAAUGUGGAGGAUGAGAAGCUCCAUGUGAAGUUGGCGCACAGCUCGGAGGACAGUUUGACAUCGGCUGCCUUCAAUUGUGACGGAACGCGUUUCGUAACGGGCGGGCAACGCGGGCAAUUUUACUUGUGCGACUUGGAUGGCACCAUUCACGAUAGCUGGGACGGCGUUCGCGUUUUCGGCUUGGCAUUCCGAUCGGACAAUCGCACGGUGCUGUGUGCCGACAAUCAUUCGCGCAUCCGCAGCUACUGCUUCGAGAAUCACAUCGACGCGAACGUCUUGCAGGAGCAAAAUUCCAUUCUGGCGUUCAGUGUUAGCGCCAACGAUCGUCUCGCACUGCUGAAUAUCUCGUCGCAGGGACUGCAUUUGUGGGAUUUGCGUGACAAGUGUCUCGUACGGCGCUUCCAGGGAUGCAGUCAAGGCACCUACACGAUUUAUUCGUGCUUUGGCGGCAUCAACGAGAGUUUCGUCGCGAGCGGAAGCGAAGAUAACAAAGUUUACAUUUGGCACAUUCGACGCGAAGAACCACUUGCGACACUUACGGGACACACACGCACCGUAAAUUGCGUCUCGUGGAACCCCGUUUUCCCAUCGCUCUUGGCAUCGGCCAGUGAUGACGGCACCGUACGGAUUUGGGGCCCGAAACAACCGCAACCGGAUCACAUUGAGAAUUCGCUGAAUUCGUCGCCCUCAAAUAACUCCUGGAACUUAUCAUAAUAAGACUAUUUUAUCCUUUCCCCUUAAAAAAAAGCUCCCCAUUUAAAAAAAAAUAUCAAGUGGUUUCUUGAAAGAAAACAAAAUUAGUUCUUUGAAAACUAUUUUCGUAGAUGUUUGAAAAAAAAAAUUUCAAGUUUUUCGCUUUAAUCGUUUUUAAGCCAACUCUCUAAAUUUAAAUUACUCGACUGUUUUUUUUUUAUUUCGACUAUUAUAUUUGAUGAAUUUAACAAAAAAUUUUUGUAUUAAUAAGAAAUUAUUAGAAGCACGGUAUUUGGUAACGAAAAAAAAAAUUAAAAUGUAAGUUUUUUUAUAUUAUGAAGAAAAAAAAAUUAUGAAAAUUAACAAAAAAAAAAAAGAUUGAUAUUAGACUUAAAAAAAUUAACUUUUAAAAAUCGUGCUUUUUUUGAUG